AUUCAUCCACUUAGAUACGCUACCUGACGGAUGAAAUAUUAACUACUCUAAGCAGGUCGAAUUCAAACAGCUGAUGUAACAUGCCGACGCUGUAGUUGAAAGUUGCUAAAGUUAUUUUUUGGAAUAUUACCUAAUUAAUUAUCAUAUAUAAGCUUAGUUACUAUUAAAAGGUACCUUUAAUUUUCACACUGUUAAAAAAAAAAUUUGAAUUAUGGAGUUCCCUCCGCGAGAAAAUAAAAAUAAAACUUGCUGCUGCGUGUAUGGCUGUAAUAGUAGGUCUAGUAAAAACAAUACAAUUCGAUUUUACAAUUUUCCUCCGGCUAAUUCUAGAUCAGUGAUAAUAAAAAAUAAAUUUGGUGAAGAUGAAGUAAUUGAUCGUCGGCUAGCUUGGAUAACAGCCUUGAAAAUUGGAAAUAAAGUUACACAGUCAAAAAGAGUGUGUUCAUUACACUUCACAGUAAAUGAUUUUAUACCAACAUCCAGUGCAAAUCCACAACGUUCUCAUUUAAAAAAUAUCAGUGUUCCAUCAUGCAACCUUCCUCAAACAUCAUUGGCAUCCGUUAAUCAACCAAAUGUAACUCAAGUUGAAAGCAGAAACGAAAGACAACGUCAAAGAUCAUUGAAAAAAAAAUUAUCUGUUAUCACUGAUGCAUCUGAAACUAUUUCUACAUCAACUCAAGAUGACAACAUAGAAGACGAUAAUUUGAGGAAUGAUGAUCAAUUAACUGUUGAAGUAACAUCAGAGGAUUUGCUGCUUGACAAGGUGUUUGAUGAUAAUGUAAGAAGACAAAAGAAUAACUUGCUUAUUAAAAAUUGUGAUGUUGCGAUUCAGGUUGAGAGUGAAUACUUGACUCCCAAAUUAUCAAGUAAAAUAAAAACUGAUAAACAAUUAAGUACAUUAACUGGAUUAUCUAAUUUUCAAAUUUUAUUGGCAAUCGAGAAGUUAAUCAUCAAAGCUGUCACUAUCAAAACUGUUAUCGGUUUGUUGUAUGCCACAUUUAAUCAAAUGUCCCGCAUCAAGAAUACUUUCACCACCAAUAAAAUUUUUAUGACUCGGCUGAGUAUUAGCAAACUUACAAAUUUCUUCAAUUAAAACUUUCAUUAUUAAUAAAAAUUUUACUCAAAAUUCGAUUUUAAUGUGACUUAUAAGUACACGAUUCAACAUCAAUACAAGACAGCUGAUUUAAAAAUGCGUCUUAGAGUAGUAACCGCUUCUGCCGCAAAGAGAAGCCACGCCCCCGGCAGA